UGCUCAUGUGUCAUGUCUUAACCUUACUUAUAACCUAAAAUAUUUUAAAACUAACGAGUAAACAAGGGUUAAUUGUUUUAUUAAAAAUAUUUCCUUAUACCAUGGUUUCCGUCAAACCUAAUUUAGAAAAACGCAAAGAGAAAAGUAUUAAACUCAAACCGAAUAAAAAGAUAAGCAAUGUUAAUGCGAAAAAGAAAAUUACCAAUAUUUUGAAAAAUGUAAAUGUAGAGAAACUACAAAAAGACUCCAAAGAAAUUAUUAAAGCAAAGAAAAAUAAUAAGAUUUCUGAAGAUGUUAGUGUUAAUAAGUUACGUAAAGUAAAGGUAAAUGCUAAGAAAAUAACCAAGGUAAAGGAGAAUGGAAGUUUAGGUAAACUACAUAAAAAUGCUGAAGAAAAAAUUAAUGUAAAAGAAGAUAAGAAGAUUUUGGACAAUAUUGGUGAUCAUAAAGUACCUAAAGACACAGAAGAAGUGGUAAAGGCAAAGAAAGUUAAAUAUGUGAUGCCAUCAAAAGCAGUUAAGGAAGAUCUUGUUAAUUCCUGCCUCAAUGCUCUACAAAAACUAACCAUACACCAUAACAAAAAAAAUACAAUUUUCGGUACUGAAACCUCCAUUUUUGCAGAAAUACGUUGUAUUAAAAUACCUCGCAGUAGAGGAAAUGUCAAGUUUGUGCUGCCACACAGUACAGCUGCAUCUACUAGAGAAAUUUGUCUUAUUACUCCCGAUUUAAAAAAAGGAAAGAGAAUUGAUCAUGAACCAACAAUAGAUCAUUGGAAAGAUAUUCUUCAGGAAGCAGGAGUAACUGAGGUCAAAACGGUUUUGCCUUUAAGGCAAUUGAAGGUGGAAUAUGAUCAAUUUGAAUUAAAACGGAGACUAUUAACACAACAUGACUUCAUUAUGGUUGACACAAGGGUGUUAAAUCAUGCCUCACAUUUGUUGGGCAAAAUGUUUUUCAAAAAGCACAAUAUGUUGAUACCAGUCAAAGUGAAUGAGAAAGGGAAUAUCAAAAAAGAUGUUACCGUAGGAUUGAGGACUACAAUGCUUCGUUUGAACGAAGGUCACACUUCAACUAUUUUAGUUGGUCAUACAAGCAUGGCACAAAAUGAUUUGAAAGAGAAUAUUCUGUCAUUAAUAAGUCAGUUGAAAGACAGAUAUCCAGGUGGAGAGGCCAAUAUAAGGGCUAUAUCUCUAAAACUGCCAUUAUCAUUGUCAUUGCCUUUGUAUCUUACACUAAGAUCAAUAAAUACUGUUGGAAUUCCUAAGCUAGCACAUAAGAAACCCAAGCACUUUACUACUGUGGAAGAUGAGCUAAGUACUAUUCCAGGCAGCACAGUUAGAGUAGAACCUGACGGUACUGUGCAUGUAAAGAAACCCAAAAAAGGAGAUAGAAUUAAUAAAGAGGAAAAUAAUAUAGAAGAUGAAGACAGAAUGGAAGAUGAAAAUGAGAGUGAAGAAGGUAAUUCUGAAGCUGAAAUCAGUGAAGAAGAUUAAACUAUUGUGAACUAUUAACUAUGAAAAAUAAAAAUCCUUUUUUCUCAUUAA